GAUUAUCCGCAGCUGCCGAUUGUGCGUAGUUUUACCAUAAUCAUUUUAGCUGUGCGCUUGGACGAACGCGUUUGUUUUCGUCCGUAAUAUUCUCUGUGUUGUAUAAGAUUCGAUAGAAAUAGAUCGAAAUCGCGAUGGAAAUCGUGCGAGAAAAUAUGCGUGCCAAGCGGCUAAAAGGUUGUGAAACGUGUCGCUUUUGCUUGUCGCAGGGCGUUCGGCUCAGUUCCAUCUAUGCGGCACCGGAGCAGAAUAAAACAACACCGCUAGCGCUGCAAAUAAUGGCUUGCGUGGGAAUAGAGGUAUACAGUGAUGAUGGCAUGCCGGGUAUGAUUUGUGAAAAUUGCCGUGUCCUUAUGAACUAUUGCUACCAGUUCAAGCAAAUGUGCAACAACGCAGAUAUACAGCUGAAAACAUUCCUUUCAACGGGAAUUUGGCCAAAGGAGCUAUCGCUGCCGAAGGAAUUAGCUACAUUACUGCCUAAUUUGGAACAUUCAUCACAUCGGUCUACACUAUCUCCGAGAUCCUAUGACCCGUCUGAAAAUACGGAAAGUUCAAACGAAAAGAAAAUCAAUAUUAUAAAGUUAAGUCCGGCGGACCUGAAGAAUAUUAAACUGGGACAGAGAAUUAAUUCGGAUAAUCUGCGAUUGUCAACUAUCUACGGAAAAUCCGGAACUGUACUGUCUGUGGAUAACGAGGAUAAGAAUGAAACGGUCCGCGUUCCACUUCUGACAUCCACCCCAAUUGUGAAGCGAACAGGGACCGAAUUGAUACGCCUUAGUGAAGCAUCCAAAACAGAUCAGCAAGAAAAAAAGCAAAGGAUCAAACAGGAAACAGUACAGAUAAACAAAGUUUACAACGGACCAAUCAUACUGAAUAAUUUGGUUAACUCGGUGGUACCGAAAGUCGAGGAAAAAUUUGUCUCUACCGGCGAAGGAACAGUAGAAAUGAUAAUAAGCUACGAGCGGGAACAAGAACAAUUCACAAACAAAUCAGAAGUAUUUCCCUGCAGCGAGUGUCAGAAAACGUAUCCAUUAAAACAGUUGCUCGACAUACAUCUGUUAUCACACAAACGUGAGCGCAAUUAUCCCUGUGACCAGUGUGAAAAGCGCUUCUUUUCUAAAUACGAUUUGGCUAAGCACUCGGCAACGCACACGGGCGAACGACCUUAUAUUUGUGUCAUCUGUCGAGCAUCUUUUUCGCGUUCUACUUUGCUGACGCGUCACCAAGCCAAACAUAAGGACGAACCCAAACAUGUGUGUAAAUUUUGUGACCGUACUUUCCUUUCAUUGGACGAAUUAAACAAGCACAUUGAGAACCACGAAAAGAAUCGUCCCUUCAAGUGUGCACUCUGCACGAAACGAUUCGCGUACAAGCAAGGUCUGGAAAGGCACGAAGUAGUGCACAAGGAGAAACUGCCUUACCAGUGUGAAUAUUGCGAUCACAGCUAUCUCACACCGGGCAAGCUGUCCCGUCAUUUGGCGACACACGCCGGUGAUCGUCCGUAUCCGUGCCGGUUGUGCAAUAAAUCGUUCCUGCUUAGCCACCACCUUUCGCGCCAUUUGCGCAGACACAACGCUUCCGGCCAGAGCGAGUAUAAAUGCGUCGACUGCAAGAAACUGUUAAACAGUAUGGGCGAAUUAGUUUAUCAUUCGGCACAGCAUGCGAUGCAAAAUCUGAUCUGUCCGCUGUGCCGUGAGCCGUUCGAAGACGUGGAUAAGGUCACGGAGCAUAUAAAAUCACACGCAGAGCAGCUACAUUAUGCGUGCGACUAUUGCGAUCUGAUGUACACAAGCGAACAGCAACUGAACGAACAUUGUUUGCAGAACCAUGCAGACGAGCUGGCGUACGAGCUACCAGAAAACCAAUAUCAAUUAAUGCAGCCAGAUGAAUGUGUUGAGUUUCAAACGAUACCAUUAGUAUUGAACAAUACCGAUAAAAUGAUGAAGGAAAAAUCGCUUAGUGGGGCUUAUGUACCUCAAGCGAAUAAUACUGUAAUGGAUUACGAUCAUUUGACCGAAGAUGAAAUAUACCACGACGGGUUUGUUGAAGAAGAUGAAUCAACGCUGGUUCCGGAUCCGCUAGAAGAUGCACAGACUUUUGAAAUCACAGAAAUUGAAUUAAGAACAGAAAGUCCAAAAGAGGCUCGACCGAAUGUCUCUUCCGAAACAGCUUCAACAAAAGCGGCAACGAAAAAUGAAAUUAUAAAAGCAACAACAUCAACAGUGACCACGGCUACAACAGUAACCAGUAUCACCAACAUAUCAUCCCAACCGAACAAAUCUGAACCAAUGGUUCAAUCGGAGGAGCAGCCUUCGCGCCAACAACGUAUGGAAGAAUUCUACAAACGUAAUCAAAAGGCGGUGGAAAAGAAAAUGGCCCAGAAAAAUGUUUCGGAUGUUUUGAAAAGCUUACCCAAAGGCGUAACAAUUACAAAACCUACCAAACCAGUUACAAAACCUAUUGAACGGAUGAAUGAGGAACAUCCGAAAAAACAAGUGUUCGAAAACGAUGAAACGUGUAAUGUUGCUGCGCCAUCAACAAGUAUGCCACAGAAGCGAGGUCCCGGUAGACCACCCAAGGUGAAACCAAUCGCCGAAACAAAGGAUGUCACAGCUGAUACACACGUGUCAAAGAAAGGCGAUUCAAAUCCGAUUGCACCGAAGCAAUCCAUCAUUUCGAUGAAGACAGAAAAACAACAAACAACAAACUAUGCGAAAAGGGAGUUGAAACGAAGCACUAGUGCCAUAGAGAACAAAACAAAGGUAGAAGGACAAGAAAAUUCGGCCAAUUCCGUCAAAACUGUAAUAACAACGAAACCGUCGAACAAACUGGUCGAACCACAGUCGUGGAUGAUAAAAAGAACAUACGCACCAAAGGAAACGCAAACCGUGAGUAGAAAGCGUCCGGCAGAAAAGUGUAGCGAAGACUCAGACGUGGGACCCAACAAACGGCCAGCGCUGGGUCGAAAAACGCUUAACCCUUCUAUGAUUCGUGUAAUGAGCGAUAAAGGUAAGCCCAGCCAUCAUCCGAGUGUCGGAGUUACAGUUAGUACAACUGUUAGCUCAACGGCAAGUACUAAUAGCACGAAUCUGAAGCGAGUUUCAAAGUCGGAAGUCGUCAAAGGCAUACCGGUGGAAGUGAAUAUUGGCGGUAAGACGAUUAAAGUACACAAAAUCAGCAAAGAAGAAGUGAUGGCACGGGCAGCUCAAUUGAAGGGAAUAUCUUAGGCAUAAGGAAAAUAUCAAUUAAGUAUAAAUUUUAAUCCAUUUCAUUAAACAAAGCGUUUUGUUUUUCGUUUUUUAGUGGUAAUAGGAUAUGUGACUAUUUAAGACAUCUAAUAGUAUUAAUUGUUAGCAUAACGAUCCCGUGAAGGUAGCGUAAGAAGCAAGUACAAUAUAAUUUAGGUUAAAGGUAGGUCGCUCGACAAAUGUACUGUUUAUUUAAUUGCAAAAUAAUUCUGUGUUUAGUUUAAAUUAUAUCGGGUAUAAAAAAUCGCUUGCCAGUAUAUUUCUUAUGUAAGCGAUUUAGUUUUAUGCAAUCACCUGGUAAAAUAUUCCAUUGCAAAUGAGCAUUAGAAACCAAACAGUUGUAUUACUUUAGAUUAAUGAAGCAGAUCCGUAAAUAAAUAAUAUUGAGAAAUACAUUCUAGUUGUUACAAGACAGUUACAA